AUGGCAGUGAAAGCAAACUCGAAGAAUCCGGCCAAAAAGUCAAUUUUGAAGGCGCAGGAGGACCUAUGCGCCAAGAUGGAGUCAACUGCAGGACGCACUGCAAGCGUCUCAAAAUCUCAUCAAGGUGAAGACCGCCACAAAGACUUACAGGCAAAGAUGGAGAAACAUAAAUUGAAGGCUUUGCGUGCUGCAUACCAAAAAAAUCCCAAAGAGUUCAAUGCUGAGCCCACUGAGCUGCACAGCGACAUUGACAGGGAUGAAGAAAACAUGUUCUUAGAUCACUUUGUACGCACUAAGGUAUCUAUGCCGCGUGCACUCACAUUCAGUGCAAGCAAACCUCCUCCAGUUGUCUUGGCUCCAAAGUCUUUCUCACCUACCAGUAAGCCACACAAAGCUUCUGUGACUGUCACGAGACCCACAAUGCUCAGUGGUGACAGCAGCAGUGAUGACAGCAGCUGCGAUGACACUGAGAGUGAGGAUCACAGUGACAGCGACUCCUCACCACUGGUUGUCUUCAACUCACUCCUUCACUGGUCAAGAUGGUAA